AUGUCAUUAUACAGUCUAAUAACACCAAAGGCUUUUUCUGAGCUUCUACACAGGAACACUGGAAAACGGAUUGUUCCUGUUGAUGCAACAUGGUACAUGGCCGACAAGGAGCGGGAUCUUGCCAAGAAGGAGUUUAUGGAGUUGGAGAGAAUACACAAUGCUAUUUUCUUUGACAUAGACGUCUUUAUGGACCAGAAGUCGCCAUACCCUCACAUGUUGCCGAGCUUGGAAACAUUCAACGAGGAGAUGGGUAAGUUGGGCAUCCGGGAGGAUGACAUCUUAGUUGUUUACGAUAGAUGCAGCAACUUCAGCGCCUCCCGAGCCGCCUGGGAACUUACCACCUUGGGCCACGAAACUGUUUUCUUGCUCACGGGCCUCAACGCUUACAAAGAGGAAGGGUACCCACUAGAUAUCACCCAAGUGGACUCCGUAACGCCAUACGAGCCUACUUCUUACACCUCGUGCACCAGCCAUGCAAAGGAGCAGGUAAUUACCUAUGAGGAAUUGCAUCACUUGGUUGAGACGGGCGAAAUCAAGCACUACAACUUCUUCGACAUGCGGACGCUACCCCGCUUUUUGGGCGAGGCGCCUGACCCUCGGCCUGGCGUCCCUUCGGGCCAUGUUCCCGGAGCUCAGCCCAUGCCGUACGCUGAGGUCCUCGAGGGCGGUAACUACUCGAACACGGUUGAGGGUAUUCAGAGCCGGAUCGCCGCAUCGUUGUCAGAGCAUGGGACCCGGUUGGAUUGCUCGAAGCACAGUAUUGUGAUGUGCGGUAGUGGUGUUACUGCCUGUACUGUCAAGACUGCUUUUGAAGCCUGCGGAUAUGUUCCGGUUCGUCUAUAUGACGGAUCGUGGAGCGAAUGGGGUCGCAGAGCGGAGCCUCGCUAUAUUGCGAUCGGUAGGGAUUGGUAA